AUGUCACCCAACGACUGUGCAGUGUGUGCUUUAAGCCCUAUUCUCUUCUUCACUUGUAAUUUCAUCAAUUUCUCGCAAUUCUCGUGUCCUCAUUCGAAAUAUCCAAGCACCGAACACCUCCGAAUCAACAAAAGCAAACUCGUGGUACCCCUAACAGAGUGCCUUCUUCUCGUUUUCGCAAUUUACAACAACCUCAAGCACUUCUCUUCGUACCAACACAAAGAAAGACUCAUCACCCUAAAUGAAACCGUCAUGCUAGUGUUCGUUUUGUUCCUAUUGCUAUUUUUAAUGACUUCCUCUAGGGAAUCAGUCCUCCACUUCAACGGCCUCAUUUCGAUAAAAAACAACCGGUACUACUACGGAACUGCGGCAAUUUUAGGGACCAAAACUGUGAAGAAGUACUUCAAAACGUACUUACUUUGCGCUUUCUACAACGCGGGCCUCCAAGUAAUUUUUUUCCUGGUGUCGUUUGCAAGUCUCGGUACUAACACUUUCGAGUGGGUCCUCAAAGUACUGUCGUGCGAAAUCUGUAUCUCUGUCCCCAUCAUCGUCGUCUUCAAAUUCAUCGCGCUGUUAAAACUGUACAAGAAUUUCCUCCGAGCUAAUAACGACUCUUUAAUUAAAUUGCUGACGAAAAAGAAAAAAUGUUUCUCUUAUCGAAUCAAGUUGCUGAGGCGGAUGUACCACUGUGUCAUGGUUAAUUUUAACGUGAUGGGUCUGUAUUUAAACUUGACGCUUUUAGUACUGGGACUAACGUUAGUGGUUUUGUUGGUUUCUUGUUUUUAUAUUCUUAUUGUGAUUUAUGGGCGCGACUAUGGGUUGGAUUUUUACGAGGGGGCGUUCGUUGUCAUUUCGGUUUUACAGUUCAUUGGGGGGCUGUUUGUUUGCGUGACGGUGGCCGAGCUGGAGAAAAUGAGCGAAGAUAUCCUGUCAUUUCUGUUCAAAUAUCCAAUUAGUAAAUUGACCGCCGCCGAGGCAGCACAGGUGCGUGGAAGUGCUGAUAACCACGCUCACGAUACAGAAACCGGUGCUUCGGGCUUCGGACAUUUUCACCGUGGGGACGCGGCUCCUGGCUUCGAUAUCGGGGACGGUCGUCACCUACGUCUUGGUCGCGCUCCAGUUCCACGCCUCCUGGGCCAACUAGUCAUGUACCCCAGCACCAAACACGUCACCACUAGCCCGGUCUUCGAAAUCAAAAAAGACUCUAUUUGCAUCUGCAAGAUGUUCAAGCCGAUCCUCUACUUAAGCAAGAUGAUGGGUUUCAUGCCCAUUGUGUCCGACCACAAAGACGGCAAGUGCAACUUCCACAAAUCGGUAGGCUGGAUUUGCUUUUCCUUCUUUCUCAUCGCGGUGUUGUCGUUUCAAAUCGGCCACUCGAUCGACUUCUUGCACUUGACUAAAGUCAAGUCCUUGCCCAUUCUUCUGAACAACAUCACCGACGCCAUCUACGGAGUCUACAUCAUCAUUCUGACCGCCCUCAACAUGUACCGCUUCCCCAGGUGGAUCAAAACCUUGAACAAGUUCGCGUCGGUGCUCAAGGAAGGAAUCUUCUGCCAGUCCGCUAUGAAGGUGAUACUCACAGUCGAGUACUACGUUCUAGGAGUGUUGUUCUUGGGGAUCGUGGUUCAAGUGAGUCUUCUGGCGUUCUUGCACUUCUCGCAGAGCUACGAAACCGACUUCGACUACAACUUCUUCAUCAAUAAGCUCCUCCAGAACAUCUCUUUCGUCUUUUACGCUAUAUUCCUGACCAUCAUUUCUGUCUUUAUCGGGAUUUUGGCGUGCUUCGAGAAGCUCACGAUUAGUUGUUUGAAGUAUACUCCUGUGCACCCGAUGAAAGGGAUCAACGAGACUAACAACACCCGCGAUUUCUUCGGUUUGGUUACUUACAAGUUAUGCAAAGAGGAGCAUCCGUGCACGGGACGUUUGGCUAAGCUUCCGCAAGCCGAAGUGGUCGAAUUCUUACGCAUCCUACACGAAGACAUCAGUUUGGUCAUCUACGAAAUCAACGACUGCAUGAACCCGCAGUUCUUGUGCCAUACUGUCGUUGAGUUGACAGUACUGAUCGUCCAGUGGUACGCCGUCAUAGUCUAUAUGGCUUUCACUUUCAAGGCACCUCAAGCUAGUAGCAUCCACGUUGUCAACUGCUUCUUUGUUAUUGUUCAUACGUUGGGGAUUUUUCUUUUCUUAAAGAACGCACAGCAGCUGAAAAAUAUGAUACAAGGUUUAAACAACUUCCUGCUGGAAUAUUCCACGCGGAUUUCUUCACUCGAAGAACACCAACAGGUCAGACUCUUUAUAGAGAAAUUGAAACAACAUCGACCUUUGACGGCCAGCGGCGUCUUCACCAUAGAUUUGGGAAUUGCCGGCCCGAUAUCUGCGAACAUCCUCACCUACGUGCUGGUGGCCCUACAGUUCGAGAUACCGAAAGAAGAUUAAUUUCUCUAAAGCCACUAACGAUGGAUUUCUUGCUUGCACGUUUUCCAGUUUUUUUCCCUGUAAUUACUGCACGUCACGUCGCAUGAGCUUGAACUUCUUGCAGUGUAAAUAAAACUCGU